AUGGCGUCCACACAAAUCCAUCCCUCCUUGACGCGUUCAAACGUCGAAGCCGCUCAUGCUCUCAUCAAACCCCACAUCCAUGAUACCCCCGUGCUCACCAACACCACGCUGAGCAAUCUUGCCUCGACACCCCAGACAGCCGAAGCACUGAAAGGAACACAAUGGGAAGGUCAAGAACCCGCCCAUCCAAAAAUCAGUUUGUUCUUCAAAUGCGAAAACUUCCAACGCAUCGGCGCAUUCAAAGUCCGCGGCGCCUUCCACGCCGUUACGCGCCUGAUUGAGAAAGAAGGCAUAGACGAAGUACGCAAAAAAGGAGUAGUAACACAUAGUAGCGGAAACCACGCGCAAGCCCUCGCCCUCGCCGCCCGCACCUUCUCCAUCCCCGCCCACAUCGUCAUGCCCACCAUCUCGACACCCUCGAAAAUCGCAGGCACAAAAGCUCAAAACGCAACUGUCCACUUCUCAGGCUCCACAAGCACCGAGCGCGAGGCCGUCGUCGCUACCGUAAUCAAAGAUACAGGCGCCACCCUUAUCCCGCCGUAUGAUGACCCGAAUAUUAUCCUCGGUCAAGGCACCUUGGCACUUGAACUCCAGGACCAAGCUACCAAGCUCAUCGCUCAGUCAUCUUCCGGAAGCAAAAAACUCGAUGCGGUCAUCGCACCUUGUGGCGGCGGCGGCAUGCUCAGCGGCAUCGCAACCGCACUCCAUGGCACGGGCAUCCGCGUAUUCGGCGCGGAACCGAGUUUCCAGGGCGGCGACGAUGCGCGCAGGGGUGUUGCGGCCGGCGAGCGCGUUACAUCCGUCAAGACGCUUACGAUUGCAGAUGGCUUGCGUACGCCGCUCGGCGAGCACAACUGGAGUGUUGUUUCGAAACCAGAGUAUGUGGCGGGAUUGUUUGCCGUGACCGAGGACCAGAUUAAGAAGGCGAUGCGGCUGGUGCUUGAGAGGAUGAAGUGUUUUGUGGAGCCCUCUGCGGUCGUGGGACUGGCGGUUGUGCUGUUUAAUGAGGAGUUUAGGGGGUUGGUGGCUAGGGAGGCUGGGGAGGAGGGGUGGAAUGUUGGUGUUGUGUUUAGUGGGGGGAAUACGACGGUGGAGGCUAUUAGCAAGAUAUUUGCCGAAGUGCCAGAGGUAGUGAAGCAAAGGCAGGAAGGAGUGCUGGGCUUGGACGGGAAGAAGGAAGUUGAGAAUGUGGCGGGAUGA